GUCCCCCGCAGCCGGAUGCGCAGGGCCUGGCGGCACAGCGGGAUGGAGGCCGGCGGCCACGGACAGGAGGCCGACGCGGGCGGCCAUGGCGGCCACAAGAAGAAACACAAGAAGCACAAGAAAAAGCACAAGAAGCGGCACCACCACGAGGCGGGGCCGUCCCCGGGUCCCGAACUCCCUCGGCAGCCCCGGCUGCGGCUCCGGAUUAAGCUGGGAGGGCAGAUCCUGGGCACCAAGAGCGUCCCCACGUUCACGGUGGUUCCCGAAGGGGCACACUCGCCGUCCCCCUCCCCACUGCUGGGAGGGGAUGAGGAGGAGCCCAGCGAGGGGGUCCCCAUCGAGCAGUACCGGGCCUGGCUGGAUGAGGACAGCAACCUGGCCCCCUCCCCACUGCCCGAGCUGGACCCCGAGAAGGAGGAAGAAGAGGAGGAGGAAGAGCGGCGCUGGCUGGCGGCCCUUGAGAGGGGGGAACUGGACGACAAUGGUGACAUCAAGAGGGAGGUGGAUGAGUCCCUCCUGACGGCCCGGCAGCGUGCGCUGCUUCACAAGCAGCAGAGCCAGCCCCUGCUGCAGCUGCCCAUGGGAGCCAAGGCCAAGGAGGUGACGGAGGAGAUGCGGGAGAAACGGGAGGAGCGGGCGCGGCGCCGGCGGCUCCAGGCCGCCCGCAAGGCCGAGGAGAGCAAGAACCAAACCAUCGAGCGCCUGACCCGCACUCACAAGGCCAAGGUGAGGGCCCUGCGCGAGCGCCGCGCCCGCCCCGCGCCCUGCCCCGUCGUGCACUACCGCAGCGCCGCCGACGGCAUCACUGUGUCCUUCCCCGUGGGGCUGCCGCUGCCGCUGCCCCCCGCCACCGCCCCGCCCGUGCCCCCUACCCAGCCCUGCGCCGUGCCCGGCUGCCACAACCCCAAGCGCUACAGCUGCGCCCGCACCGGGCGCCCGCUCUGCAGCCUGAGCUGCUACCAGCGCAACCUGCAGCUGCGACCGGGGGGUGGUGGGGGGCCCGGCUCACCUGUGCUGCCUGUCUGAGCCCCCCCCCUCUCCAGACCCUCAGAUGGGGUCUGGACUCAUCACGGAGCCCCUGGGGACCCUUGCCCCGACUAACAUCCACCCUGCAGUGUGGCAGGGUCCAGCUGGAGCUCCCUUCCCUCUGAACUGCUUCUGGAGCCUCCCCUGUGAUCCUGAUGCUGCUGCCUGGGGGGCCCCAUUGUCCGAAGGCUGACUGUGAUCAUGGGGGUGGGAGGUCCCAGUGCGUUCUCUCACCAUUAAAGAGAUG